AUGGGUUCGCAUAACCCACACGUUCGGCCAAGCGUAACCAUCCCCUCGCCCUCGCUUUCCUUUCCCCAGGUCCGACGCUUCCUCUGUCCGUCACCCUCGUCGUCGCCUUCGCUUCCGCAGCCCGUCGCAUUCGCUUCCCCCGCCCGUCGCCACCUUCGCUUUCGGAUGACCGUUGCCUUCUCUUAUCCCGCCCGUCGCCUUCGCUUCUUCCCCCCCGUCGCCUUCGAUUUCCCCGCGCGUCGCCUUCGCUUCCCCCGCGCGUUGCCUUCGCUUCCCCCGCGCGUCGCCUCACUUCCACCGCGCGUCGCCUCGCUUUCCCCGCGCGUCGCCUUCGCUUACGCGCCCGUCGCCUUCGCUCACCUCCUUCCGUCGCCUUCGUUCCCCCACUGCUCACGCCCUUACUCCCAUGCUCACGCCCUUACUCCCAUGCUCACGCCCUUACUCCCAUGCUCACUCCCCUACUCCCAUGCUCACGCCCUUACUCCCAUGCUCACUCCCCUACUGCCAUGCUCACGCCCUUACUCCCAUGCUCACGCCCUUACUCCCAUGCUCACGCCCUUACUCCCAUGCUCACUCCCCUACUCCCAUGCUCACGCCCUUACUCCCAUGCUCACGCCCUUACUCCCAUGCUCACGCCCUUACUCCCAUGCUCACUCCCCUACUCCCAUGCUCACUCCCCUACUCCCAUGCUCACGCCCUUACUCCCAUGCUCACUCCCCUACUGCCAUGCUCACGCCCUUACUCCCAUGCUCACUCCCCUACUCCCAUGCUCACGCCCUUACUCCCAUGCUCACUCCCCUACUCCCAUGCUCACGCCCUUACUCCCAUGCUCACGCCCUUACUCCCAUGCUCACGCCCUUACUCCCAUGCUCACGCCCUUACUCCCAUGCUCACUCCCCUACUCCCAUGCUCACGCCCUUACUCCCAUGCUCACUCCCCUACUCCCAUGCUCACUCCCCUACUCCCAUGCUCACGCCCUUACUCCCAUGCUCACUCCCCUACUGCCAUGCUCACGCCCUUACUCCCAUGCUCACUCCCCUACUCCCAUGCUCACGCCCUUACUCCCAUGCUCACUCCCCUACUCCCAUGCUCACGCCCUUACUCCCAUGCUCACGCCCUUACUCCCAUGCUCACGCCCUUACUCCCAUGCUCACGCCCUUACUCCCAUGCUCACUCCCCUACUCCCAUGCUCACGCCCUUACUCCCAUGCUCACGCCCUUACUCCCAUGCUCACUCCCCUACUCCCAUGCUCACGCCCUUACUCCCAUGCUCACUCCCCUACUGCCAUGCUCACGCCCUUACUCCCAUGCUCACGCCCUUACUCCCAUGCUCACGCCCUUACUCCCAUGCUCACUCCCCUACUCCCAUGCUCACGCCCUUACUCCCAUGCUCACGCCCUUACUCCCAUGCUCACGCCCUUACUCCCAUGCUCACUCCCCUACUCCCAUGCUCACUCCCCUACUCCCAUGCUCACGCCCUUAUUCCCAUGCUCACUCCCCUACUCCCAGGCUCACGCCCUUACUCCCAUGCUCACUCCCCUACUCCCAUGCUCACGCCCUUACUCCCAUGCUCACUCCCCUACUCCCAUGCUCACGCCCUUACUCCCAUGCUCACGCCCUUACUCCCAUGCUCACGCCCUUACUCCCAUGCUCACUCCCCUACUCCCAUGCUCACGCCCUUACUCCCAUGCUCACUCCCCUACUGCCAUGCUCACGCCCUUACUCCCAUGCUCACGCCCUUACUCCCAUGCUCACGCCCUUACUCCCAUGCUCACUCCCCUACUCCCAUGCUCACGCCCUUACUCCCAUGCUCACGCCCUUACUCCCAUGCUCACGCCCUUACUCCCAUGCUCACGCCCUUACUCCCAUGCUCACGCCCUUACUCCCAUGCUCACUCCCCUACUCCCAUGCUCACGCCCUUACUCCCAUGCUCACGCCCUUACUCCCAUGCUCACGCCCUUACUCCCAUGCUCACGCCCUUACUCCCAUGCUCACUCCCCUACUCCCAUGCUCACGCCCUUACUCCCAUGCUCACUCCCCUACUGCCAUGCUCACGCCCUUACUCCCAUGCUCACUCCCCUACUCCCAUGCUCACGCCCUUACUCCCAUGCUCACUCCCCUACUCCCAUGCUCACGCCCUUACUCCCAUGCUCACGCCCUUACUCCCAUGCUCACGCCCUUACUCCCAUGCUCACUCCCCUACUCCCAUGCUCACGCCCUUACUCCCAUGCUCACGCCCUUACUCCCAUGCUCACGCCCUUACUCCCAUGCUCACGCCCUUACUCCCAUGCUCACGCCCUUACUCCCAUGCUCACUCUCUCCCCCUCUGCUCACUCUCUCCCCCUCUGCUCACUCUCUCCCCCUCUGCUCACUCUCUCCCCCUCUGCUCACUCUCUCCCCCUCUGCUCACUCUCUCCCCCUCUGCUCACUCUCUCCCCCUCUGCUCACUCUCUCCCCCUCUGCUCACUCUCUCCCCCUCUGCUCACUCUCUCCCCCUCUGCUCACUCUCUCCCCCUCUGCUCACUCUCUCUCCCCCUGCUCACUCUCUUUCCCCCUGGACUCACUUAUCUUUCCCCCCUGUUUACUCUCUAUUCCCCUUCGUUCAACCCUUUCUCCCCACAAUCCCUCUCACCACCCCUGUUCACACCCCUUGUUCCCCUCUGCUCACUGGCUUUCCCCUUUGCUCACCCCCUUCUCCUGCCUGCUGACUAUAUUUCCCCUUUGCUCACCCCCUUCUCCUCUCUGCCCACUCUAUUUCCCCCUUCGCUCACCCCUCUGCCCUGUUCACACCUCCCAUACAUGCCCUUCUGUACCUCCAACCUCCAGCCCUCGCUUAUUCGCCAUAUCCCCUCUUCCCUCCCCAUUCCAUCGCAUAACCAUGCUUGUACAUGUGCCCAGCACCAUGGGUCCCAACAGGAGUGGGUUGAAAAGUUAUCACCUCUUAGAUUUGUGCUUGUGCCUAUAG